AUGGUAAAUAUAAACCAGUUAGCCAUGUCAGAAUGUGACCCCGUUACCUAUCCAACUAAGGAGCAUCUGGCUACACUACCAGAGGACAUGGAGGUCGCAGUGGGGGUACAUCCGAAGCACCAGUACUCGCAGGAGCAGUUCAACCGCGUUGUCCAGGAGCUGCGUCAACUUAUCCUUCUGCCUAGUGUCGGAGCAGUCGGCGAGAUUGGGCUGGACCAUUCUGUCCCUAGGGAGCAGUGGGCUCAGCAGUCAGUUAUGCUGGAGAAGAUUCUGCCACCUGUGGAACCCAGGCAUGUCCUGGCAUUACACUGUAGAGGAAUCACCGGAGACAGUGGAGCGGAGGCCUAUCUACUUCUGCUCUAUUAUGUGAAGAAGGCUGUGGGUCCUGACCAGAGAAUACAUCUCCAUUGUUUCAGUGGAGAUUCGUAUGUUCGUGACCAGUGGACCAGUGCCUUCUCACAGCUGUACUUCGGAUUCACCAGUAUGGCUGCUAAGUUCAAAAACCAGCAGUCCCAAGCCGUGAGGGGAAACAACUCUGAACGAGUACUGUUAGAGACGGACGCUCCAUAUUUUGCCAGACCUGGAACCAAGUGCUCCGCACCAAACCAACUGUUCCGGACAGCGUCGUCUCUAGCACGUUACUUCAAGAUGAACCCGGAAUCACUGCUUGCUACAUCUGUCCAGAACGCCCGACGACUGUAUCGACGCGUGUAG